AUGGCAUCGCACAACAUUGUCGUCUUCGCGGGAGACCACUGCGGCCCCGAGGUCGUGGCCGAGGCUGUCAAGGUCCUCAAGACGAUCGAGACGCACAGCUCGGACGCUGUAAAGUUCAACCUCCAGGAGCAUCUUCUGGGCGGAUGCUCGAUCGAUGCCUCCGGUAGCCCCCUGACCGACGAGGCCCUCACCGCCGCCAAGAAUGCCGACGCCGUGCUCCUGGGCGCCAUCGGCGGUCCCAAAUGGGGCACCGGCGCCGUGCGGCCCGAGCAGGGCCUGCUGAAGCUGCGCAAGGAGAUGGGCACGUACGGCAACCUGCGGCCGUGCAGCUUCGCGUCCGAGGCGCUGGUCGAGUACUCGCCGCUCAAGGCCGAGGUCUGCCGCGGCACCGACUUCACCAUCAUCCGCGAGCUCACGGGCGGCAUCUACUUCGGCGACCGCCGCGAGGACAACGGCGACGGCUACGCCAUGGACACGGAGCCCUACAGCCGCGCCGAGGUCGAGCGCAUCACGCGCCUCGCCGCCAACCUGGCCCUCGCCCGCGACCCGCCCGCCAAGGUCUGGAGUCUCGACAAGGCCAACGUCCUGGCCACCAGCCGCCUGUGGCGCAAGGUUGUCUCCGAGGUCAUGGCCAACGAGUACCCCCAGCUCGAGCUCGAGCACCAGCUCAUCGACAGCGCCGCCAUGAUCAUGGUCAAGAACCCGCGUGGCCUCAAUGGCGUCGUCGUCACCAGCAACCUGUUUGGCGACAUCAUCAGCGACGAGGCCAGCGUCAUCCCCGGCAGCAUCGGUCUUCUGCCCAGCGCCAGUCUCAGCGGCAUCCCCGACGGCAAGAGCAGGUGCAACGGUAUCUACGAGCCUAUCCACGGCUCCGCCCCUGAUAUCUCGGGCAAGGGCAUCGUCAACCCCAUCGGCACGAUCCUGUCGUUGGCCAUGAUGUGCCGCUACUCGCUGCGGUUACCCAAGGAGGCCACGGCCAUCGAGGAGGCCGUGAGGAGAGUCAUCGACAACGGCGUCAGAACGAAGGACCUCGGGGGCUCGACGGGCACCGCGGAGAUGGGCGAUGCUAUUGUUGCGGAGUUGGUCAAGGUUCUCAAGGGUUGA